AUUUCGAGGUGUGUCGCCUGUAGCCAAUAUUUUUAUUGGUUCACUUUCGAUAUGGCAUUGAACUUGAUAAUACUCGGAGUCAUACGACCGAAAAAAGUGUUUAUUGCAUAAUUUCGUGCUGUGUUUGAUCUUGGAGAAUGUGUUUUUCUUGCAAUAAAAUUGUGCCGAUUUUUUUCUCCUAUAUUUUUAGUAAGAUAUUGAUCAGAAAGUCCAAACGUAAAAAUUGUUUUAGUGUCCACAAUGGCAAAUCAUCUUUGCUUGGCCGUUUGUAUUGCAUUAGUGACGAUUGUUAUAAGAGACAUUUCGGCAAUAAAAUGCUGGCGAUGUUCAUCAACAAGUUCAAAGUUCUGUGGAGAUACGCUUUAUCAUCAUAACUUUAACUCAUCCGAAGAACAGUUAAAUUGGUACCUUGUACGCUGUGGCUCUGUUCGGAAAAAAGUGGAUUAUAAAGGCGAUAAGAUGAUUGCAAAGUGUAAUGUACGAAUUGAUUUAGUUCAUGAUACUCUUGUGUACACGCGAAAAUGUGUCGAAGAAGCGGAAAAUGCAAAUUCAAAUGCAUGUUUAACCGACGAAUGGUUUAAUGAUAGUGACGAUCCAAAUGUUAAACUGAUGUCGUGUGAGACGUGUACGGAAGAGGAUGGUUGCAAUCGUAAAAUAAAAAACUAUUUUGGAACCGAAACGAAAUCAUCAGGCAAAGUUGCAUUAACGAAUCUAUUAAUUCAGCCGAAAGUGGUUCUCUGCUUGUUUAUCAUUCUAAUUUACUCUCACUGCAACGUUUGAGAUGAAAUACGGAUAUUUAGUUUUUAUGUCCAGUGUUAAAGAAUUUAUGUGCGUGUAAAUCUAUAUACAUCAACCAACCAAAUAUUGAGUAAUCACACUGUUCCAUGCAUAAUUUUUCGUUUGUCACAGCUGGGUUGACAUUAUUGAGAAUUUGUGGAACACAUAUGCUUGAUAUUGAACGUAUUGAAAGGGAAAUUUAUGUGUAACGAAUACGAUUGCUUGCAGAUGUGUUCAAUUGAAUUAUUUGUAAAAUAAAAAUUGUUGUUGACUCUUCUGUC